AUGAUAUCGGUAGAAGAAGCGCUCAUCAAAUGGUAUAAAAGAGGCAGUUUUUCUCACUGUUUAAAAAAACGUUGCACACGGUAAGAAAGAACAUCCAAAAAAGCUCCAAGAACUGCGCUCCUUGUAGAGUACAAGAUGGUAAGUUAUUGAUAUUUCCCUAAAAUUUGAUUCCUACACCCCAGUCCUAUGUCCUGUUCAUCUCUAUAAUCCCGAAUCUCGUUUCCCGGCCCCAUUUCUCUUAAAAUCCCGAGUCCCGGUCUGAAGGUCGUUCUUCUGAAAUAGUAGCUGCUCUGGGGUUUUCUCAAACCUAUAGAACGUAAAUUUUAUAAUAAAAAGAGGGGGUUCUGUGGUCGUUUAGGAGAAGCAGCACCUUGCAGAUACCCGUACUGAUAACUCUUAUAACACCAUAACAAUUAGAGUAUCGAGUGCUUACUUAGAGUUUGUGGUCUGUUUGUUAGUUACUAUAAGCUGCAAGUUAGACAUAGUUUUUCUGUUUAUCGCUGAGUGACGAUGGAAAGCCGAUGAGUGAACUUGCUUUCUCAUCUAGGAGUCAGUGAAUUAAUAGUAAAGAUAAUUUCACGGAAGAGAUCACAGAAAUUCAAAUAGGAGCGAGCUUAUAAGAAUGGAGCUGAAUAUUAACCAUCAACAUUGUUCGCCCUCCUUGAUUCAUUGAUAACUCAAUACUGCCUCUCUUUUCCACCAGAAAUUAAAGCUGCUGUUCUCAUGUCUUGCUCUGCUGACCGUCAGCGUUCAAUCCAUGUCCUUAAUUGCAGAGGCAAAGGUAAGAUCGAGAUCAUUUUUAAUUAUUAAUUCGAGGGCGAAGAGACGAUUUUUGCGCAAGCACAUAUUGUCAUAUACGCACGUGCGUGCUUCCCAAAUUGCAAUGGUGUCCCAAUUUUCUCCUUCCUUGAAGUAAAGCCUCCACCGGGGUACAAGUUGCUACAAACAUAUGAAGAUGUCUUUAAGUAUUUGUCUCGAAGUAUAAAUGAUGCAAACGCUCGAUUGAUGUAAAUCUCAAAACAUACAUUCCCACAUCUUAUGAAACUUCUCUCUUCUUAGAGUUCCGUGGCUAAAUAUUCUCUGGAGCUGUCAAGUGGUGGAAAAAGAUUUGGCGAACAGAUCGAAAUUGACACUGCAAAGGGAACAGAGACCUUCCAUGUACCAAAGACAUCGCUAAAUGAAUCAGCAGGGGAUAUAGUCUACGAUUUCAAAAGGGUGAAUAUCGAUGUGAUUUUCUGUUACAGUCGGGGCCCAUUUUUUUCUGUUUAUAUUUUUUUCUGUGGAGGGGGGUUGGACAUAAAGUUUUAACUUUUUCUCUGUUUGUUUUUCAUGCAGCAAGUGACGAUGGUUCGUUUGCUGGAAGAAAAGGCUUGUUAUAUGGCUGAUUCAAUCGAUGAAACUCUCACACCUGCCGAUUUAAAGGAAGCUUUAGAGAUGGUGAGCGAAAGUUACUACCAAAGUGCAACACUGAUCUUAUCGUUUUCAAUUUCAGGCUUACAAGAUUUCCUUUGCGUCCUUUGAGUUCUUCUAUAAUUUGAGAUCCUUGUUAUGGCACGGUAGUCUCGUACCCAGACUUUCCAUGGGAAGCGGUUGUUAUAGUUACACGGUAGUAUCUGGGUACGAGAUUUGUGGCACGGUAAUCCCUCCAACCUAUGACUUCAAUACCAUUGCUAAGAUUGCCUUAAGUUCUUAGGUCCAGUUAUUUUAACAAAGUUAAGCCGUUGUUUAACAAAACCGCGUACUGGACAAUCCUCAAGUUAGCUAGACCUUUCAACUGUUCAUUCUUUUUUUUGUUAACAGUGACGAGAGGGCCGGAAAAUAACCGUGGAAGGACAGUUAUCUCAUCAAAUCAAUGCUCUCAUAGAGAAUUAGAGCCUGGCCCCCACUGAUUGCAUAGAAACCGUGGUUUGGGUUAGACCUCGUGUAAAUAACCGGCCCUUUGGCGUUUUUCUUUAAGGGGAUUGUCAAUCGAAACAAAUUAAAAGUAACGAAAACAACUAAUCGAUCAGAACAAAAUUUCAGAUAGAUCCCAUAAUAACUCAAAGUAAAUUAUUUUCAUCUCUGUGUUCUACCAUGUCAUUUUUAGCAAACUCCUGGAGCGGGCGAAGAGUCAACAACUUCUUCAACUGAAACACAAAUGACAGUUGUCGGAGAGCUUGAAGAUCGCUCAGGGCUGAGUGCUGAAAUGGCAGAUCUGUGUGUGAAUCUGCCAAUCUAUGUUAUUACCGAUGGCGCUAUGAACCUCAAUGACGAGGAAGCUGACGAGGAAACGGAUGCGGAUGAUGAUAUGGAAGCUGAUGCAGAAUUUUAUGAGGAUGUUGAUGAAGACACCAGCAAUUCUCGUGAAAUAAUCGACUUGGACGACACUCCUGACACACGUAAGUCUUAAACAAUCAACCGUGCUUAAUACUUUUUACAUCUUCAAGGCGAUGAGUAGCCCAGGGGCACGUAGUGGGUUGGGUUGUAAGGCGAGGUGGAUUUAAGCCCCCACCCCCUCUCUGGUAGACUUUUUUUGCCCAAGAACACAAUAAAAUAACCCCGCCAGGUCUGGAACCCACACCUCUCCACUUUCCUGCACACUAACCACAAGGCUACUGCGUCUUGCACACAAUUUCAGAAGCUCCAUAUCCAUAGGAUAUUUGUGUCUUUUGUUAUUUUCACUGAUGGCAUUUUUCUUAUUCUAUCUACAAGGUGUAAAACGGGGUUUCUUCCGCAAGCGGAAAGGUAGUAAGCUACUGCGCAAGCUCAAGAAGAAGGCCUGUAAAAAAGUGUGUAAAUGGGCCAUAAAACGGAUUUGCAGAAGAGUUCCUGACGGGUUCAACAAGUUGUGGCGAAAGUGCUUAAAUCUCCGAAACAGAGGAUGCAAGCGUGUUUGCAGAUGGCUGAUUGGAUAAAUUGGUCUAUUUGCUAUUUGUGUCAAAACAAGCGUUAAGAAGUGCUAUACAAUAGUUUAAUGGACCAAUGAGCUUGCUUAUUCCGAGGCUUUUUUCAAAUUUAAUCAUCACUUCCGGUUUGAAUUUCCGUGAAAUGAAGCAUUUUAAUUUGUACAGCUUUUUUCUUCAUCCAACCUAAUCCUCUCGAAUAAAAGAAACGAUUUAGCCGCUUCACUAACCCCUGACCCCCGCAAAUGAUUAUCAUGUAACUUCUCCCCAAAUAUCCUUACAUUAUCCAGCUAACAGGUAAUGAGAAUACUCAAACUUAUCAGGUAGAAGUUGUCUUAAGAUUCCAUUGAGGCUUUUCGAUUGUAAGGAAAGUUGUGAAGUAAAUUAGAAAUAAAAUGUUUAUUUAGCUUCAAAGUAUAAUCCUCACUUCACACCAGGCGGUAAGAUUGUUUGAAAAGUAAGAGCGUGUAAGAGUGACCAUGUAGGAGACUGGGCACGGCCUCCAAGAGCAAAGGCAACUCAUUAGCCAAAUUUCAGUGUAUAUAUCCUCUAUAAGACUCCGUCUGAUUCUCGAGAUGCCCCGAAUCUCUCACCCAGUUUGGUUCUCACAAAUGGGCCAACUAGUUCGCUAGCACAUGAUGUGGAUGUAAUGUAACGAAACUGAAAAAAUAAACUCAAUCACCACAAUACUGUUUAUAUUCUGCGAAAGGAAAAACCCAUAACUUAGAAAAUGAAACGGUAUCACCACGUUCAUCAUAAAUAGCAAUAAAUUCAACGGAUCAAAGAAUAUGUACACAUAUAUAUAAGCUUUCUAUAACACACUACAUAAAUAUGUUGCCGAAGUACCCUCACUAUUGUUUACAAAUCUUAAUUCCUAUCCUUUCAAGCGCUACCGUUCAGAUAGUGAGAAAGGCCUGGGUAGAGGGGAAAACUACUCUCGGUACUGCGGAAGGGCUACAAGAAGACGUUUUCACCCUCCCCACAAAAUUAGAGUCAUUUGUCCGCGCUCUCGUCAACACAAGAUCGAGACUGACAGCAAAAAGAUAUCAGCACAAAAGUAGACUAUAUCCACAACAUAACUAUCACUUAUAACCAACACCUACGUUCGAAAACCCGUGCGGCGCGAAACUUUAGCGCAGUUGUACGGAUUUCUUUUGGUGAGGACAAUUUUUUUGUCUAAGAUUGAAAUUUCGGCUGAGAGCUAAUUUUUGCAAGGUCCAUUUCAGGGAACGCUAUCAAAACUUUUUAGCCUCUUAAUUAAACGUGCGUAGAUGUGAGCUAGACGGUAAGUAUGCAUAAAAUAAAUUAGUUUGAAUUCAAGGAAAAGGAACUGAAAAGUUACUAGGAAAAAAAAUUGACGCGUUUCAGUCUACAGUGGCUUUUUGUUUUUGUUUUUGGCAGGAGAUUACUUUGCGACCCAAGAGUUGUACUUACAAGUAAGUUCAAAAAGUAAAACGAUUCUCAUAGCUUGAAUAACUAUGGUUCAAUCAGUUAGUCAUGAAAAUUUCACAUCAGUGAUAAAAUUCAAAUUAUCCCUUGUCUCAGACCAGGGGUACAAAUCGAGCCCAAGGUCCAUGGAAGUCUGUGUAAUUUUGUCCAAAUUAAAAAUCAUAAUUUCUCUGCUGAAACAACGGAUCUCAAGGAUUUUUUUACGUGCUGGUACAUGCAGUGCUCGCGUGUCCUGCCGCGUUAAAGGCUCUUGAAGCAAACUGUUCGUCACUACACGUACCUGCGCACAAUAACAACACACGCACGUGAGUGUGAAAUACGUGUAAAUUACACGAAAUCAGUAAACUCACUUCUGUGAAUAUAUGAAAGUCAUAUAUUUCAACUGCGGAUAAAGACGGGAAUAUGAUAGUGAUCUUUGCAGUAAUUAAUGAACUCUACUUGAGCAGUAGUGAAAAUAGGGCCUGAAAAAAAUUCAGGCCUGUACGGGAUUUGAAACCAUGACCCUUGUGAUAGCGGUGCAGCGCUCUACCCUCUGAACUAACAAGCCAACUGGGAGCUGGUCACUACGUUGGUGCCAAAUAAACCCGUGAAGUAGGGAAUAAAUGAAGGUGAAUACAGCUAUUUCAAUUUACGUUGUCGGAUCAAAGCUUCAAGGGUACGGGACAAGACCGAAAGGCGGUAUGGGUAGAUUAGAAUUAAUUUUAGGCUUUCGGGGUUGUAGGCUUGAGGCUUUGAUCCGACAACGUAAAUUGAAAUAGCUGUAUAUGAAAGUCAUAUAUUUCAACUGCGGAUGAAGACGUGAAUAUGAAAGCGAUCUACACAGUAAUGAACACUACUUAAGCAGAAGUGAAAAUAAGGCCUGAAAAAAAUUCAGGCCUUUACGGGAUUUGAACCCAUGACCUCAGCGAUACCGGUCAGCGCUCUACCAACUGAGCUAACAAGCCAACUGGGAGCUCGUCACUAUCUUCACGAGUUUAUUUGGUAAAAAAAAAAAGCGCUUGGAAACAAAAGCCAUACCGAAUAAAAAAUAAAUUUGCAGUAAGAGAAUGUUGGUAAAAUAAAUCAUUGAUUCCCUCAAACAAUAAAUUAUUGUGUCGCUCGAGGCACGAGAAACUAUUACCUCCGCUCAAAUGAAUUCAAAAUGUUGAAAAAACUUUAUAAUUGUCAAGACAACUUGAACAACCAAAAACCAUUUUUGUCUCAUAUUUAGAAAAUAAGUUCAGGAAACUAGUUUAACCAAGGGACAUUUGUUUGCAUCUGAAUGCAAAUGAAGCUAUGGAUUGCUUCCCUACGCGACAAGCCAUAUCAAACCGCAACCUGUUGACCUCAAUAAGUCCUGUAUUAGUCUACUUGCUGGCACAUCAAAUGAGGUAACAAUUCCAAUAUGUUGUCAGCAUCCACUUGAAAAAUCUUUUCUGCCAAAACAACUUCAAAUUUAAGUGUUUGCGUCCGCUAAACUGAAAGUGUCGUUUCCAAAUAAAUGGAUUAAAUUUGACACCAAAACUCUACAACAAUAAACAAAAUUCGUUUCCUUCAAAUUAUGACAUGAAUUAAAACGAGAACAUAAUUCCUCAGAGAUCGUACGCUUUUUGCGUUUCGUUGAAGCACCAAAUAUCAAAAUGGAAGCUGAUAUUAUCAGCAAAUCUGUUUACGUAAUUAUUUACGUUUUUAUUUUAUUUGCAACAAACUUACGCAGAAAGAGAGCCAUCCCGGCUAAAGAAAUAUAUUAUUUCAACACAAGAAUGAGCUCAUCGCAAUUAUCAAAUUCUGCAAAAUUUUCACUUUAAUAUAAUAAGGCUGAAGUUCACCAAAAGUUUAACAAUAUGUUAAAGCUAAAACUGAAGUACUAGGUGUGAUAAUGAAAACUGAAAUACACUUAAGGGUCUACAUUUUUCAAAAGGAAAAUGGGUUAAACGGGUGACAAGAAGUAUUCACAUAGAUAUUAUUGACAUACAGGCAAUACGCAUGCAACUCAGCGAAAUCCCUAAUAGUUUGUUGUUUUCUUCCCAAAAUAUAUAAAAAAAAUGGCUGAUUAAAAUGUUCAUUUUUACGCAUACAAGUGAGUUUAUACGUAGCUUAUAGCAGUCUGAGUUAUUUUCGACUCUUUUUUUUCCAAUUCUUAAUCAAAGGAUAUCAGCUGUCAGGGAAUACAAAAGUGUCUCUGAUUCGGAAAAAGUCUAACACGUCUUGGCAAGAUAGCAGCGAUCUAAGCAAACUUCAUUCAGUUUAACCAAAUUAUCUCCUACAUUCUACAACAGUUUGACAUUGGAUUAUGAAAAUCGCAAGUCUGUCUUUGCAACUGAGGUCAUCACGCAAAAACUUGAGAUCACGAUAUAUAAAUAGCAACGUGUCUUUAAAACAGUCCUGUAAUUAUUUUUAGAGUAUGGUGGUUUUCAGUAUUUAGACUGGUAUCUCAAUCAGGGUAAGAAACCCACGCUUUUGCCAGAGAUUCGCGUCAAAGAAAUUGUGUCCCCUUGAAAUAUUUAGUUAAAAGAGCAAUAUUCUACCCACAACCUAACUCAGUUUGAUGUCAGAGCUGAAACAUCUGAAAAGCAAUUCUGACUAACUUUUUCGUCAUGAUAUCGGUGGAAGAAAUGUUCAUCAAAAGAUAUAAAAGAGGCAGUUUUUCUCACUGUUUAAAAAACCGUUGCACACGGGAAGAAAGAACAUUCAAAAAGGCUCCACGAACUGCGCUCCUUGUAGAGUACAAGAUGGUAAGUUAUUGAUAUUUCCCUAAACCCUCCCUGUUUGAUUCUUAGAUUCCUAGACCCCAAUCCUAUGUACUGUUUACCUCUACAAUCCCGAAUCUCGUUUCCCGGCACCAUUUCUCCAAAAAUCCCGAUUCCUGGACUGAAGGUCGUUCUUUUGAAAUAGUGCCUGCUCUGGGAUUUUCUCAAACCUUACCAACUGGUUGUUUAUUUUAUAGGUAAGUAAAUUUUGAAAUAAAAAGGGAGAUCCUGUGGUCGUUUAGGAGAAGUAGUGCCUUGUAGAUACCCGUACAGACAACUCUUAUAGCAUCAUGACAAUUACAGUGUCGAGUACCUACUUCGAGUUUUUUGUCUGUUUAUUACUUACUCUAAGCUGCCAGUUAGGCACAGUUUUUGUGUUUAUUGCCGAGUGACGAUGGAAAGCCAAUGAGUAAACGUAUUUUCUCAUCUAGGAGUCUGUGAUUUAAAAGUAAAAGUAAUUUCACUGAAAAGAUCACAGAAAUUCAAACAGGAGCGAGCAUAUAAGAAUGGAGCUGAAUAUUAACUAUCAACAUUAUUCGACCUCCUUGAUUCAGCAACUUAACAUUGCCUCUCUUUUUGACCAGAAAUUAAAGCUGCUGUUUUCAUGUCUUUCUCUGCUGACCAUCACCGUUCAAUCCAUGUCUUUAAUUGCAGAGACAAAGGUAAGAACGAGAUCAUAUUUAAUUUUUCAUUCAAGGGCGAAGCGACAAUUUCUGCUGGCGCUCAUAUUCUCAUAUACCCGCGUGCGUGCUUCCCAAAUUGCAAUGGUGUCUCAAUCUUCUCCUUUCUUGAAGUAAAGCCUCCACAGGGAUGCUAGUUGCCGCAAACAUAUGAAAAUGUCUUUUAGUAUUUGUCUCGACGUAUGAAGGAUACAAACGCUCGAUUGAUUUAAAUCUCAAAACAUAUAUUCCCGCAUCUGAUGAAACUUCUCUCUUCUUAGAGUUCCUUGACUAAAUAUUCUCUGGAACUGUCAAGUGAUGGAAAAAGAUUUGGCGAACAGAUCGAAAUUGACACUGCAAAGGGAACAGAGACUUUCCAUGUACCAAAGACAUCGCUCAAUGAAUCAGCAGGGGAUAUAGUCUACGAUUUCAAAAGGGUGAAUAUCAAUGUGAUUUUCUGUUACAGUCGGGGCCCAUUUUUUUCUGUUUAUAUUUUUUUCUGUGGAGGGGGGUUGGACAUAAAGUUUUAACUUUUUCUCUGUUUGUUUUUCAUGCAGCAAGUGACGAUGGUUCGUUUGCUGGAAGAAAAGGCUUGUUAUAUGGCUGAUUCAAUCGAUGAAACUCUCACACCUGCCGAUUUAAAGGAAGCUUUAGAGAUGGUGAGCGAAAGUUACUACCAAAGUGCAACACAGCGUCUUAUCAUUUUCCAUUUCAGGCAUCCAAGAUCUCCUUUGCGUCCUUUGCGUCCUUUGAGUUCUUCUAUAGUUUUAGAUCCUUGUUAUGGCACGGUAGUCUCGAACCCAGACCUUCCAUUGGAAGCGGUUGUUACAGUUACACGGUAGUAUCUGGGUACGAGAUUUGUGGCACGGUAAUCCCUCCAACCUAUGACUUCAAUACCAUUGCUGAGAUUGCAUUAAGUUCUAAGGUCCGGCUAUUUUAACAAAGUUCAGCCGUUGUUUAACAAAACCGCGUACUGGACAAUCCUCAAGUUAGCUAGACUUUUCAACUGUACAUCAUUUUUUGCGAACAGUGACGAGAGGGCCGGAAAAUAACCGUGGAAGGACAGUUAUCUAAUCAAAUCAAUGCUCUCAUGUAGAAUUAGAGCCUGGCGCUCACUGAUUACAUAGAAACCGUGGUUUGGGUUAGACUUCGAGUAAAUAACCGGCCAUUUGGCGUUUUUCUUUAAGGGAUUGUCAAUCGAAACAAAUUUAAAUUAAUGAAAACAGCUAGUCAUUUUCAUUUCUAUGUUCUACCAUGUCAUUUUUAGCAAACUCCUGGUGCGGGCGAAGAGUCAACAACUUCUUCAACUGAAACACAAAUGACAGUUGUCGGAGAGCUUGAAGAUCGUUCAGGGCUGAGUGCUGAAAUGGCAGAUCUGUGUGUGAAUCUGCCAAUCUAUGUUGUUACCGAUGGUGCUAUGAACCUCAAUGACGAGGAAGCUGACGAGGAAACGGAUGCGGAUGAUGAUAGGGAAGUUGAUACAGAAUUUUAUGAGGACGUUGAUGAAGACGCCAGCAAUUCUCGUGAAAUAAUCGACUUGGACGACACUCCUGACACACGUAAGUCUUAA